UUAAAAAUUAUUUAUUAGGGUUCUUAACAGGGCACCGGGUUUCAAAAAUGAAUCGGGUAAAAGAGUCAAGUAGAUUGCCUAGUCGGAGUCCUUACAGAACCAUCUACUUUAGUUAGACUACACUUUCCUCGGCAACCAAACGCUAGUACACCACAGAGAAUGCAACAACAGCAACCGCAGGCGACGAUUCAAAACCACACUCCGCCAUCUUCCUCUGCAGGGCCCACCACGGCGGAGGCGCCGCCGAAGCAGGUGGCGCUGGCAAUGGAGCGGCUUUCCGACGCCGGCCGCCUGAUCGCGGACAUAAGGCUUGGCGCCGACCGCCUUCUCGAAGCUCUAUUCGUGGCUGCUCAGCCUCACCAAAGCACCAAGCCUCUCCACUUGUUCCUCAACGAAGACGCCUCCAUGCGUCAACACCUCCUUGACCUCCGCGCCGUCGGAAGGCAGCUAGAAGAGUCUGGGGUUCUGAACGAGUCUCUGAGAUCGCGAAGCAAUUCUUGGGGAUUGCACAUGCCCUUGGUAUGUCCAGACGGCGCCGUGGUUGCGUAUGCCUGGAAGCGCCAGCUCGCCGGCCAAGCCGGUGCGUCUGCAGUUGACAGGACCAGGUUAGCUCUCAAAGCCUUCACUGAUCAGAAAAGGAGGUUUUUUCCUCACCUUGAUGAGGGGUCGAGUGGUCAGUCUAAUGAAUCAGCUACGAAGAAGCAAUGUGUUUCACCAGUACCGGCAGCACAUGAUCAAGAAGAGGCUCUAGAGUGCAAAACGCUAUCAGAGGUUUUGGCACGUUUGGAAAAGGUGCCUAAUUUGAAAAUUUUCACGUAUGAGCGAUUGGAUUGGUUGAAAAGGGCAUCUUCACUGCCAGAAAAUGAGAGUCCCAGUGAAACAUUAAAGGAUCAUAAUUUUCACAGUUCAAGCAAGUUACGAGCAGGUCCUCUGGGUGAUGUUGCACCAGAUAAGGUUGCUGUCAUUGAGCUGCUGUUUCCUUCUCUCUUUAGGGCUGUAGUAUCACUGCAUCCUGCUGGUUCUACAGACCCAGAUGCAGUAGCUUUCUUUUCUCCAGAUGAGGGAGGCAGCUACAUACAUGCAAGAGGUUUUUCAAUUUAUCAUGUCUAUAAGCAUAUCACGGAACAUGCUGCUAUGGCUUUGCAGUAUUUUAUUGGGGUUCGAGCUGAAACAGCUCUCUAUACUCUUUUGCAUUGGAUCUGCAGCUAUCAAACUCUCUUUACAAAAGUUUGCAGUAAGUGUGGACGGCUGCUAUCAAUGGACCGACAAUCAGCUUUACUGUUACCUCCAGUUUAUCGUCCUUACCGGCAGUUCUCCGCAUCAAAUAUAUCAUCAAAUUUAAACCUUGCCCGGGCUUACCAUGUAGGUUGUUAUUCAGAGGAAUUGUGAUACCCACUGUUGACAGAAUGCGACGGGAAAUUCUCAGCUGUGCAACGGGAAAUUCCAUACCUGGUGUUGCAAUAGACGUUGCUUGUAGAAGAUGUGUGCAAUGUCCACACAAAAUUCGUGGAAUUCCUGUAUGUGAUCAUAUUUCAAGAACAAUGCCAAAUGCUUUCAGUUUUUGACAUUCUAUUGUUAGGAGAAAAAAAGGAGAAUUUAGUACAUAAGUUCUGGGAUUCUUUGUUUAGCAGGUAGGCAUGCAAACCUUCUAGGGUGGAUGCUACUUAGUAACUUACAUGCUGUUCUAUGAUUUUAAUUGCAAUAGUUGUAUGAAUCACCUUGAAUCUAAUAUGAUUGUAGUUUGACAUUGAGAUCAGAUUGAAAGCUUUCUGUUUUAUUA